AUGACUAACUAUCCUGGUUCCCACAAAUCGAACUUAUCCAUUGCUAUUCAAAAAGCAGAUUCUACUACAGGUAAUCAGACUAAUAACGAUAAUAAUAACAAUAAUAAUAACCAUGAUAUCAGCAAUGAAAACUUGCAGCCAGGUUCACUACUCCCUAACUUAAUCCAACAUAGUGGUCCCACGAGUGCUACUACUUCGCCUGUUGUUAAAUCAUUCAAGCCGGAAUUAUCGCCCUUGAAAACUGACUUUUUGGAGGCUAGUGAAAACGAAAACUGGGGCAAACGUAAGCAUGGCGAGAAUCACGACGAUAAACACGAUGAUGAAGAAGAGGAUGAAGAUGAAGAUGAUGAGCCUGUUCACCCUGAAAAUGAGGAAGAUCUGAAGGAUUACGUCCCGGGAGGUUAUCAUACUUGUUACAUUGGAGAGAAUUAUAAAAGCAAUAAGUACACCUUAGUCCGUAAAUUGGGAUGGGGCCAUUUCUCUACUGUGUGGCUUGCUAAGGAUAAUGAUAAGCAUUGUCAUGUGGCUAUGAAGAUUGUCAGGAGUGCAAAACACUACACUGAAACUGCCAUAGAUGAAAUUAAAUUAUUAGAUAAGAUCACUACUUCUGAUAUCCAUCAUCCAGGUCAUGAGCAUGCGAUUCAAUUGUUGGAUACUUUCACACACAAAGGACCUAAUGGAGUUCACGUUGUUAUGGUAUUCGAGGUUCUAGGAGAAAACUUAUUAGGCUUGAUUAGACGUUAUAAACACCGUGGAAUACCUGUUGUUUUUGUCAAACAAAUAGCUAAGCAAUUGUUGUCAGCUUUGGAUUUCUUGCAUCGAAAAUGUGGUGUUAUUCAUACUGAUUUGAAGCCUGAGAAUGUUCUUAUAGAGAUUGGUGAUGUUGAACAAAUUGUUAAAAUGGUUGAAGUUGAAACAAAUGAAGCAAAGAAACAAAAGAAGUUACAAAAAUCAAAGUCUAAGUCGGAAAAUAGCUUAAAUGCUACUCCUGAUACAUCAUUUCAAGAGAAUGCACAACCUCAACCGUCAACUAGUACAGCCGCUUCUUCAAAGCCUACAACCAAUUCACCUUCUUUAGGAAGAAACGGUAGAAGAUCAAGAAGACAAACUUUGAUCACUGGAUCUCAGCCUUUACCAUCCCCUUUGAGUACGUUCAAUAAAUCUUUCUCGAAUGCUUAUGCGCGUUCUAGUUCAACUGCCAACACGCCACUGAAAGCAUUUUUCGAAGGUGCUCAACCUACUUUAAUUAAUCAAGCAUCAUCAUCUGAAGUUGCUAUGGCAUCUUCAAAUACUAAUAUCCCCAAUUAUGAAAAGCAAGACACGUUGAAUAGUUCAUUAUCAUCUAUGUCAAUUUCAAAUGCUGGGCGUAGUAACACAACAACCGAUCCAUUACAGAUUCCAUCAGUCUUUGAUUCAAGUAUGCAGCAAUCUGAAAGUAAUGAAAAUUCAUUUGUCAUCAACGAAGAUGAACUUAUUUCAGUAAAAAUUGCAGAUUUAGGUAAUGCAUGUUGGACUAGCCAUCAUUUCACUGAUGAAAUUCAGACAAGACAGUACCGCUCUCCUGAAGUAUUAUUAGGUUAUCAUUGGGGUUCGCUGGCUGAUUUAUGGUCAUUUGCAUGUCUCAUUUUUGAAUUGUUAACAGGUGAUUAUUUAUUUGAUCCAAGAGACGGAAAAACGUAUACUAAAGAUGAUGAUCACAUUGCACAAAUAAUCGAACUUGUUGGACCAUUUCCAAGAGCCAUGUUAAAAGAAGGCUAUUACACUAGGGAUUUCUUUAACUCGAGAGGGGAACUCCAUAGAAUUCAAAAAUUAAAACCAUGGGGUUUAAAGGACGUCCUUAUGGAAAAAUAUAAGUUUUCACUAGCUGAUGCAGUUGAAAUUGCUGACUUCUUGCUGCCCAUGUUGACAUUGCAACCCGAAUUGAGAGCUGAUGCUGGUGGAAUGGUCAACCAUUCCUGGUUAAGUGAUGCUCUAGGAUUAGAGAAUGUGGUCUUAGAAAGACCUGUUGGUGGUUCUGGUGAGGAUAUUCCUGGCUGGUCAAAGGAAGUUCUGAACCUGAAUAUAGGAGGGAAAUAUUAUCAUCAUAGUCGCGAUUAA